GUUCGUUUUAAGACAUCGUCGUACUGUAAUGGCGACAAGAUAGGAAUCAAAGAUGGCGGAGGCAAACGGUGAAAGUUCGGUACAGAAAGAUUAAUAAUUUUACUUGUAUAUAGUGAUCAAUCUCUCAAAGAUAUUCACGUGAUCUUAAAAAUUGUUAUUUCUUGUAGAUGGAGGUGCUAGAAGGCUGUAGAAUGCCGGUAAAAAUGAGUGGUUCUGACGAAUGGCGUAAGUAAUUUUCUUUUAGACGUGGAACGCAUGUGUAAGUAGGGCCGUAAGUUAUUGUUCUUAUGCCCACAAACUAUCUUUUUUUCCAUAGCUUUGGCUGAAAUACUAAGCAAGAGAGAAAUGCCAAAUGGUUCCACUCACUAUUAUGUGCAUUAUAUCGACUGUGAGUACGAAAUAAUUUGUGUAUUGUUAAAAAAAGGUGAAGUAUUAUUUCGCGGGCUCUUUGCUUCUACAGUGAGAAGGACUUCUGAAUUUUUUUGUUCGACCCAGGAAGGACUUAAACUCGUUGUUUCUCAUUAAAUUGUAUCAUCGAACUUGUUUUUUGUUUAUUUUUGUAAAGAACUGGCAGUGUAAAUCUAAAUAAGUUUGAAAUUUCUUAUCUUCGAAAAUUCAAGAUGGCGGUAGAGGAUUUUCAAUCCCAUGAACUCUUGCUUCCCUAAAGAUAGGUCCGCUUGGUGUAUUAAGAGAGACCACAUUACUUGAGGUAGUUGAGAGAGCUUGGACAAGGUCCUUGAAAUUAAAUUUUUCUUAUUCAAACUUGAAGUAGAAAGUUAAUCAAAGUUAUAAAGGGAUUUUCUUUGAUAAUUUAGUUCAAGGAUCACAUUUUUUGUUUUCACUGAAGUAUGAAUUUACAUUAAUGAGGAUGAGGACUACUAUGACAUCGACACUUCAACUGCAAAAUUAAGUCCUGCUCAAGAGAGCUUAAGCUUUCAGUAGACAAGAGUCUCUUGUUUUACUAAUUCUUUUGUGUGUGUUUUAGUCAAUAAAAGGCUUGAUGAAUGGGUUGAAGAAGAGAGACUGGAUCUGAACAGGCUUCAAAUGCCAAAGAAAGAGGACACCAAGAAGAUUAAUAAAGGAGCUGGUUCUAGGCCUUGUUCACCUGACAGGGAACUGGUGAAUGGUGUGGGGUCUGGACGACCUAAAGCACCUGUGGGACGUAAAAGGAAAGCUAAUGCCAUGGACAAGUCGAGUGAUGAGGUAAAACGCUACAGAAUAUGGAAAAUAAAGCUUACCUUCUAUUCUCCUCAUAAAACACUUAACUCCUAUAUCGAGCAGACAAGUGAUGAGAAUAAAGACAAAUAUUAGUUAGGGGAUUCUUAGUUGAUCCAAUACCAAAAUCUAUGAACUUACAUCUUAAGAAUUGUAUGGCAGACAUUAAGGAGAAUUACUUAUGAGAUAUUGAGAGUGGAAGGGUUAACUCCUGCUGAAUAUUAGGGAGCUAUGUAGAUAUGUAAAUCUUGCUUUUAACUGCGGCAGAAAUUGCUAGAUUAUAUAUAGAUGAUGGAAAUGUUAAUAGUUGAUGUUAUAACCUAAAUCAGGGUGCAGGAGUUAGUCAACCCUGGUUUUGGUGACACAUGGACACUCCCAUUUUACUGAGCAAACUCAUCCUUAAUUUACUGAUGUGAAAGCUGAACCAAAUCCAUCAUUUUGAUUAAAUCAGAUCAAACCUUGAAAGUGAACUUUAGAAGCAGCCCAUGAAAAAUUAAACCUUAAACCCCCAAGAUCUGGUUGUUAAUUCUCCCCUCUAGCUGCUUCACAUUUCCUUGUAAAUUAGUUAUAAAAAGAAAAAAGGGGAAGGAAAAAAAGCAUUUAUGAUAAGUAGAUUUCAGGAAUGGGAAAGAACAAGGUGACCAAGCGGUGAUUGAUUUUUAAGUCACCUUGCAGGAGUUUUCAAGAACAAUCUCAGAGCACAGUCAAUAUAUUCCAAACCAAUUCAAUCCUGGUGAACUUUUUCCCUGUUUCUUAAUUGCUACAUUAUGAAACUCUCUCUUUUUCCCCCAAAGAUUGAUUCACAGGAUAGUCCAAAGGACUUGCCAAGCACCCCACCUAAGACAGGAAGUAUGCGGCAGACAGGAAGUAUGGUUCAAGAUCGUAGCCAUGAUGAUAUUGUAACAAGGAUGAAGAAUAUCAAAAUGGUUCAACUGGGUAAAUUUCGAAUUAAGCCUUGGUAUUUCUCACCUUACCCACAAGAACUUACCUUGGAACCUGUAGUUUACCUUUGCGAAUUUUGCCUGAAGUACAUCAAGAGCUUCCAUUGUCUAAAAAGACACAAGGUAUGAAAGGGUGAAGAUUAUGUUUGCAGUGAAGAGUUUCUAUUAAGUGCAUUUAUUAUUAAUCACAUUGUUAGCCUUUUCUUUCUAAAGGCUUUGCUAAACAAUUUGUAAUAAAAAUCUUCAGAGUACAUUUGAGAAUUCAAAUUUAUUGAUUGGGGUUACCCUGACGAUAAUGAUAAUUAUAGCAUUGAUAAUGAUCAAAUGAUAAAAGUGAUAACAAUUAUAACAAUUCUGACUUCAUCAUUCCUUCCCUUUUCAUUACUGUUCCAGUGAUGUGGAGUGGGUGCGAGGUUUACUAGGAUCAUAUGAUAUGCGCAAAAGUGCAUUGCAACUUUAUUUUGAUGGUCACUUGCCCUUAACUUGCAGGAAAAGUGUAAGCUGCGUCACCCUCCAGGAAAUGAAAUUUAUAGAAAAGGAUCAGUAUCCUUCUUUGAGAUUGAUGGAAGAAAGAACAAGGUAUGUGUCAUGUUUCUCUCCCUCUCUCUGGGCACAUAACUUUGGCAUUGAACAGUGAAAAGGGAAAUCUCCUUUUCUAACUCACAUUUUCUCAUGUUUGGGGGCAGCAGUAUUCUAUGGCUGGAAUGCACUAAGUGUAAUGAAUAAGGCUAAAGGGUAUCAUCAGCUUCUUCAACCACCUAAGAUGUGGGCAUGUAGAAAAUAUAAAUCAACUGUAAACCUCUGCAAUUUAAAGUGCGUUAAGUCUGUGCUUGAGCUAAGUAGCCCACUCAGCCAGAGUGUAUUCUGGUAUCCUUAGCAUGAAGCCACUAGAGGUGUCACUACUCCCCCACCCCCCUUCCAGAAAUGGAAUGCUUGGCCAUUGCAAGGUUACCCUGUAACAUUUAAUUGGGCUUCUCUGACAAUUUGCCCCUGCUCAUUCAUGCAACUUAGUUGGAGAGGCACUCUUCAAGUAAAGUGUUUUUCCCAAGAAUACUUUGCAUAUUGACCCAGGGAGGUUUCAAACCUGGACCUCUUGACAUGGAGUCCACAGUUACAUCCUACCUCUCAAUACCAUGCUGUGCCUUUGUGACUGUGGCAAAAGGGGGUAGGAAGGGGAUGCCAACAAAGUAGGUGGGGUCACUACUGAUCGGUGUUUGACUUAAGGUCAAUUGAAGGUUAGAAGCAUUCCAAAUAAUCAGCUAUUAUGCUGGACAGGUGAAUUAGUUUAACACCAAGGGGUUUUCAUGGGAAAUUUCCAGCUAUAGAUGACUGUAUAAGUUGUGAUUUUUGUUUGUUUUUGUUGUAGAUGUAUGCCCAAAAUUUGUGUCUCCUGGCUAAGAUGUUCCUGGAUCACAAAACAUUGUACUAUGACACUGAUCCUUUCCUGUUCUAUGUAAUGACUGAAUAUGACUCAAUUGGUUUUCACAUAGUGGGAUAUUUUUCUAAGGUAAGGAUUUGUGGUGUAUUUUUUUGGGCAAAAAUUAAAGAUAUCCUUUUCAGACACUUGUUUGUGCUUGGUUAAAUUGAAGGUGUGCUUAAAAAAAUGAAAAAAGCCCUUCUUAGUGCAUUACAAAUGUCUGGGCUAAGUUGUUUGAAGGGCAGACAGCUCUGUUCAAUGUAUAAAUUUCUCUCCAGUAGAAUCAUACGCAUUAACAAAACGUAUUGUGCUUUCCACCAGAUAGAGAUUUUUCCAUUCAAAAAUUGGCAUUAGUUUGCUUGCAAAGUUGAAAGGGAGAGAAUUUGACAUGAAAUCCAAAGACAUUAAACUCUGUUGUAAAUUUGUGGAGGUUAAAAUUUUUAUCACAAUUCAGGCUCUACUGAAACAGUUUAAGCUUGAUUCUAGGGUAUCAUGUUGCAAGAAAAGAGUUUUGAAGGCAGGCAGAUUGAACUGUUAAAUGUUGUAAACUGUUGUCAGGUUGAAAGCGCAGGAGAGAAUGUCAUAAGAAAUCAUAUAGUACACAAUCAAAGAUUCAACACUUUUUAUUGUGCAGACCUUGUAACUGUUGUGUGAUUUUUACAGGAGAAAGAGUCAUCAGAGGAUUAUAAUGUGGCCUGCAUUUUAACUCUACCACAGUAUCAAAGAAUGGGUUAUGGCAAGCUUCUCAUAGAAUUCAGUAAGUUGACCCUUUGCCUCCAAAGAGUACAGGGGUAACUAGCAUCUAAAGUCUCCUUAUGGUAGCACUCCCAAGUCACACAUUAAGGUUAGGAGAAUUAAGGAAAUGAUCACCAAUUAAAGAAGCAGUUGAUUGUGAAACAAAUUCUCCUUGUUAUCACUUGAUGAAAUGUUUAGAGAAUAUUACAGAGAAUAUGCAUACUGAUGUUAGGGUGUGAAGGAUUAAGUCAUUUUAAAAGUUCCUGGCAAGAUAAGAAAGUAGGGGUUUGAUUUUUUUUUAAAGCUCAAACUUGCCUAAAACUUGAUAUUUUUAAUCAUUUUUUAUCUUUGCAGGCUAUGAGCUUUCAAAGUUUGAGGGGAAAACAGGGACUCCAGAGAAACCUCUUUCAGAUUUGGGACUGCUUUCAUACCGCAGUUACUGGUCACAAACCAUUCUGGAAAUUCUUGUUUCACUGAAGGCUGGAGAGGAUGGUACUCCACCCGCCAAUUACAAUCAAGUAAGAGAGCCAUGGAUGCUUUUGAAUUAAAAGUAAUUCUUACUACUGACAGUUUCAAAAAGCUCUCCCAAAACAGAGGGUUUUUGUUGAAUUAUGUGGUAGCAGUGGAAUAGUGAAAAGUAAAAAGGAUAAUUUUUUCUCUGUCUUCAUAAAAAAUGGCUCAGGGCAUCAGAAAUUAUCUGCAGAAAUAUGCAUAGUAGCCUGAGUGCCUGUUGCAUGGAUGUAAUCUAGUGAUACAGCUGUUGGAACUGAUUUCUUGUGCUCUCCCAAAUGGUUAAAUGUUUCAGGAAGUGUUUAUUAUAGAUGGAAAGACAAAACAAUGUUGACAUCAUUCAACAGACAGAAUUAAGUCAGCAUUUUUGGUAGAUGUAAAGCGUUGUUAGUAAGCUUUUCUGUUUGGUUUAUUAUUUGUGAAUAUUUUUGGUAAUUGUCCACAUUUAUGAGCAAUGAUUUGAGAAAGUGCUUUAAUUUGUACAUAGGUUAAUAUUGAUUAACUGACUUGUAUCCUCUUUCAGUUAUUCAGGUAUAUUUUUGGCUUAUUAAUAUUUAUAAUCUCAAUUAUCGGGACUAUUCAGUCCAGUCCCCACAAGUGGAGAUAAUUGAGGUUUGACUGUACCAUACAUCACACAGGAUUUCAAUCAAUUCUCAUUUUUUUCCUUUUUCUCUCAAUAGUGAUAUCUGUGAGAUGACAAGUAUAAGAAAAGAAGAUGUUGUUUCUACUCUUCAGCAUCUGGGGAUCAUUCACUACUACAAGGGACAGUAUAUUCUGAAUCUUUCCAAAGAAAUUCUCGAUGGACAUAGAAGAGCCAUGGUAAAGAGAAAGGUUCGCAUUGAUCCAACUUGUCUUCACUGGACUCCAAAGGAUUGGGCAAAGAGGGGCAAAUGGUGACCAAAAAAGGGUGAACAACCGAGCGAGGGUUGGAGAAGGAGGAUGUAUGAGGAUCAAACCGAGUCUUAAUUUUUUCAUGCUUCCAAUAGCCUGCUAAGUUGAAAAUAAGAUCUAGUGAUCAUCACAUCUUGGGUGUAGACAGGAUUUUCUUCAAGGGGUCUUAGGUCAGUGGCUUAGUGGCAUCCAAGGGUGCCAGGUGGUUUUGCUGCAAUUAUAAAUUAUCCUUUUGUUUUGACAAAAAGGGGGUUUGCCUGUCAAGGUUGUAUUAGAGUAGGCAACUUACCUUGGUUGGAUCAUGGUACUGCUAAGAUAAAGUAGAUCUAUCAAUAGAUGUUUUGGGUAAUUGAUGGCAAACUGGUUAAUUAGCCCAAGGAGAAGUUGUUUUUCAGUCUUCAAUUGAGUAGGCACAUGGUUGCAGUGGUUAAAAUUGUUAACCACUUUUUUUUUAGUUCUUCAGUUCUUCAGUUGAAAUGCUGGUUAAAGGCUUUUCUUACUUUCUCUGAAGUGUUUCAAACAUUUUGAAGAGCUAUAAAGUACAAACUCUAAGGCAAUCUUAACCUUCCAAGGAGAGGUUAUUUUUCACACUUUUUUUUCAUGUCUUUAGUUUUAUUAGGGAGAGGUUAUGUGGAGUAAGAUUUGAGCCACAAUAUUUAUUAAUUCUGUACAUAUUGCACUGUUAGUAGCUGUGAUCUGACUUGUUUUUUCCACAUGAAGUCCAUUCAUUUCAUUACAUUACAUUUACUUCAUUACUUUUGAAAGAGACUGUUCUGCUAAGAGGUGAUUCUGGAGUGUUUUUAAUCAAGUAUUUGUGUUCCCAUUAGGAUAUUACAAAUCCUACUGCACUAACUUAUUACCUUACUAGGAGGUACAUGUCUUAUGUGUGGCAAAUGAAAUUUUAGACAUCUGGAAUUUUGUUAGGCUAUACAAAGUGUUUACUUAUCAUAUCUGUUAUGAAUUAAUGUUCUUUGCUGUACAUAUGCCAUACCUUACAAAGUCAGACAUCAUUCAUGUUCCAAGCAAGUCUAAGUGUAACUAAAGAAACAAAAAUUUCUGUAACUUAACUGCAUAGACUGUUCAGUGUUUACUGUAGACUUCAUGAAACAUAAGAUCCAAAUAAUAAAAAAAAGUAGUGUUGCAUUUAUCUUUUGUAUACAGGCUGUUGAACUUAUGAGAAAGAGAUUAACCAAUUCAUAGAUAUAACAAUGCAAAAUAAAAUAAAUUCAGGCAAAGUGAA